UGUGCCUACAGGAAGACCCGCUUCUCGAGACUCUGGGGAUGACAAGAAAACUGAAGCAGCUCGCAACAAUUUUUAUUUACAAUUUAACCGUAUCGACGUUUGUAAUUUCGUAUGGAGAAAAAGACGUCUGGGUCAGACUCGUCACUCUUGGCACAAAAGAAGGAUCUUUUACUUCAGAAGCUGGAGACUUUUGAGAGCACUAACAGAGCCCUCAGACAUCUUUUGAGAGAGCAGCAUAGUCGAGAGAUGGACUCACUUAGAAUCUUGGAGCAGAAAGACGCUCCUCUGAAAAGACUUACUGAUGUGGAAGCAGAGAAUUCGCGUUUUCUAGUAAAGCUUCAGGACAAAGAGAGAGAGGUUAACCAGCUUACUUCCAUAUUAGAGAAUGAAAAGGAGAGUUCAAAGACCACCGUUGAAUUGUCCAAAGUCCUGGAAUCCACCUGAGCCCACCUUCAGGGUCAGCUACGCAAUAAGGAGGCAGAGAAUAACC